AAAUUAAACCCUCCCAUGCAAACUACAGAUCUAAACCUUCCUCCUGAAGACCAGGACUCAUCUGGCGAUGAUGAUGAUACUUUCUCUGGCUCCGGUGCUGGUCCCUUGACAGAUCAUUCUGUGGCUGCCUGGAAUGUUUCUUUGGAACGUGCAGAUUCAUCAAGGUCAGCAAUCUAUACUGAAGCAACUGUUCACCAGCCUGCAACUCCUAGCACAGAAAACCCAGCUGAAAAGGAAAUGGUAUCCUCACCCCCAGCUAGUGAUGUGGUUCCUGAUGAGGCCAUCCUUUCCAAGGAGGAGGAAACUUAUGUACUGGGCUCAGCUGAUGAGAAACCUACAAUCCAGCAGCCAGUUGCCACGUCAAGAAGCCCCACUACUCACAGGCCUGCUCUCAGAGUAACCACUUCACAAGCCUCAGGCAUAGUCCACAUAACUGAACCUGGUAUCCACGGCUCUGGCCCGUCUGAUGUCUCCAAAGAAACACUUACCCCUGACUUUGCCACUCUUAGUGAAGAUGAUGUUGAUUCUCCCACUACAAUUCCACCCAGGCAUAUAGACCCUAUACAUGACAAGGAAAUUCUGUCUCCUGAAGAAAGCUCUGGAGAUGGGGGUGACUUUAUUUUUACUGAAGAUCCAACAAUACUCCAAGAAUCUGAACUGGUUGACUCUUCAAGAGAUGCUGAAGCUGCUGGAACUUCUCAAGGGUUAAUGGACAAGAAAGAAGUUCUAGGAGGUGUCAUUGCUGGAGGAUUGAUAGGCCUGCUAUUUGCAGUGUUCCUAGUUGGGUUUAUGCUGUACAGAAUGAAGAAAAAAGAUGAAGGCAGCUAUUCGUUGGAUGAACCAAAACAAUCGAAUGGAGGAUACCAAAAACCACAGAAACAAGAAGAAUUCUAUGCAUAAACACUGGUCUUCAGAACACUUCCCAUCUUUCUUGAACUCUUCUGACCCUGCACAUAACCUGCUCAAUGGGUUUUUCUGCAUUAAACUCAAGCCAUUUGCUCAUCAGAGAACCCCUGCCUCCUUGCCACUGGAAACUGAGCUACCAAUUAAAUCUGGAUUCCUGGAACCUAGCCAGCUUUCUUGCACAAACAUUUUUUUUUUAAAGUGGAACGUGGGACUUCAAGCCACUGAACUUGCUUUGGCUUAUCUAAAGACUCCUGGGAGGGAGGGAGAGCUGGCCUGUAUGUAUAUAAUUGACUUUUAGGCAAACAGCAGGACUUAACAGCUAACAAGGCUUGAAUUAGCUCUAUUAAAGAUCCUUGUUACACACAGCUGAGGCUGAGAGAGUUUAUAGUGUGUGAGGUGGUCUCUACUGCAUUUGACUAAGUCCAACAGCUAGUACCUUAUGGUUCUUGAGUUUUCUAGUUGUCCUGAUCAUAGCACUUAAUAGUGGCCAUAAGAUGUUGACUGGAAAGAGGAGUGAAGGGGGCAAGAGAAACAUUUGAUCAGUGGAUUUGGGAUUUUAAGAGUGCAAGGAACAAGCUCCUUGACUGCUGAAUGCAUGUACUGCUAAUGAUGAUUUACAAUUUAAAUUAUCUGAGCAUCCUAUGCCCACUCUUCUCCUUCUGAGACUAAACCAAGAAAUGACUUUUGGGACCAAACCAUAUCUAAACAUCCUUGUUACGUGCAAAAUCUUAAGUCUAGCUUACUGGCUCAUAUAUGUUGCACAAGUCUUUGAGACACCCUACUGGGUUCCAGAGCACAGUUCUAGGCAUCUGGUGCCAUAUUCUUGCUAUCUACCUCUGCAUUGUCAGUUUGGUGGUGAUUUUAAACUAGGUCUGCCAGGAGUGUCGUCAUACCUUGUGUGCUGUACAUGACACGUAAAGUAUGAAAGACAGAGCAACCCAAGUAUCUCUGGCUUGUACUGCCAAAGACCAGGGAACUGAGCACCUUAACUAAACUGAUCCUUUUUUUGCAAUAUAGAAUGACUGGUAUUUAUAGGCUCACACUAAUAUCUACAAUAUAAAUACUUGGCUUGUCGAUAACUUCUGAUAAUGUCAUAACACUAAUGCCUUUGGUUGGAAUGCAGAGGUGGGUGUCAGCAAUGGAUAAUAGUCUUUUGUACAGUGUCACCCAGCUAGCCUUCAGAGCCACGUCAUUUGGUUGCUUGCUGAUUAGAAUCAACCUAAGAACGGGAACACUUGUCAAGAGUCUUGUUUGGAUGAAAGUACAGUUUUGUAAAUGGGUUUUUUCAAAUGCAAUAGUCUUGAGUAUAAUAUACUAAGAAUAGAUGCAUUCAGUUGAAGUUGUACUGGUUUAUUCACUUCAGUGUCACCUUUUGCACCAUAAACUUUAAGAACUUUGCUGGAUGGCAAUCUUAAGUUAAUAUAGAUCUUGCCUCUGCUUCACAACUAGAUGGAUUUUGUUAGCCUGUUGCAAAUCAAUAACUUUUUCUGCUCAUAGUGAAGGUACAGGGAAGGGAGAAUGUUUACGUUGUAAAUAUUUAUAUUGCUGAACCAUAGGAAGUGCUCUGAGAACACUUGCUGACAGAGACAUGUGUAUGGCAUGUUAACAAAGUGUAGAAUGUCAUUCCUGAAUUGCCAACUGAGGAAAUUGGUGCCUUGUCAAUUUUUCUCUCAAAACCAAGAAACUACUUCAUUCCAAACUCUAUGGACAGAUUGCUUUGUUAUAAGUUAAUGUUAUUAAAGACAAAACCAUGUCCUUUACUGUCUUUAUUUUUACACUGAAUUUUAUAAAUUAAUGCAGCAACCAGAUACUGUUAAUUACAGCUGUAAUCUUUUGUUUUGUAUAAGAAUGUAGAAAAGCCUAUUAACGGCAUUUCUAGGAGAAGACUUCCCAUAAAUGACAGGAAACUCUUUAAAGAACGAGGCAAUUUCAGCUGUACUGCCAACCUUUUUACAGGCCAAGAAUCACUCUCUGUAUAUUUUGGUAAUCUGAAUGGCUAACUGGAGUUAUUGACGUACAGAACGUUUUGUAUUUAAGUGGUGCAAAUAUAAUUUUAAUGGAAGAUACUUAAGUUGGUUAUCUGUACACCUGCAAUAAAUGGCGUUUUGGCAAAUAGCUAAUGA